UAAGAUGUUAUUAUUUCUCCUUCUCAGCUGCUUGAGUGUGAAACGUGAGCUGUGAUGUGUAACGCCUGGGGGUAUAACGUCCGAGGGGCGUACUGCCUCGGUAUCUUCCUGGUUAUCCUCGGCAUCUUCAGCAUCCUGCUGGGCAUUAUCGGGCUCGGCGCCUGCUACGGAUACUGCGCGCCGGUCGUCUGUGUCGUCGGUGCCCCAAUAUGGAGCGGCUUCUUCGUGUUGUUAGCGGGAAUCCUGGCGAUACGCAGCGCCUACAACCCUGGGGACGGCUGCUUGAUCACGUCCUUUGUGGUGUUCGCUAUCCUUGCGUUCGUGACCACCCUGCUGACCGUGCUGGUGGGGAUUGCGGAGUCCGGAAUCGUGAAUGACUACUACUUUGAUGACGCCUUCAUGACAGUGACUGAGAGGGUCCCCGUGACGUACACUGUUCCACCCGUCAGGGAUGCACGGCAGGCUAACGGCCGGCCGGAGAACGGUGUGACUGUCGCGCCGACCGACCCCGUCAUGGGCACCGACAGCGGAGUGACCGAGGCCGCGGCAGAAAGCGUCACCUCGGCGGGAUGGAUCCACGACUUCAAGACAGAGUUGCGUCGCUACUGGCCCUACUACGAGAACCACGCCGCCCUGCUAGCUCUGAUCAUCAUCUCGGCUGUGAUUGAAGUUAUCCUGACCGCCGUCAUCUCCUGUAUCGGGUGUGGAGGGAUCUGCUCCGGUUACCAUGGACACGAGGCCCCGGCUAUCGUGGUGUAUGACGGGACCAAGGCCGUGGCUCUGAAGCCAGGUCAAAGGGCAGUCCAGCAGCCGGACGGGUCCAUCAAGAUUGUUGCUACAGACAAGACCCCGAAAGAAGCAACCCCUACCCCUGACGUUGCCAAGGAAACUGCAGAGACAAUCACUGAGACUGCGCCACCUCCUGAGUCCAAGCCGGAACCGGAACCGGAAGCCAAACCGGAACCGGAAGCUGAAGCUUCGCCCGAACCCGAGCCAGCAGCUGCAUCCACACCGGAAUCGGAAGCAACAACAGAACCGGCAUCGGAACCGGAAGCCACGGCUGCUGAACCGGAACCAGAAGUGGCAGCUGAACCGGAACCGGAAGCAGCAGCAGAACCGGAACCAGCUAGCGUCUAGCAUGCGUUUUAGGAUAGAACAAUUCUGUUGAAAGGAAUAGGAAUAUGCCACUGUUGAGUUUCAAUCCACUGUUAUAUGUAGCCCUUAAAACAGUAUGGAAGAGGCUGAUGCGUUUACAUAUUCCAAAUGUGAACAUUCCUACACCACAGAGAAUUAUUUGGAAGAAAAUAGAUUCAACAUUUUCCGUAAACCUUUCCUUAGGCCACAGCAAGUAAAUUUUGCCUUAUUUGAAAAGACAAAAACUGUUGACCGAAUAUCACGGAUAAGAACUUCUAAAGACACAUUUUUGUCCGAACUCAUUUCGUAAUUGAAUACGUCGAAAACUUCAGUGAAAACUAAUGAAACAAUCUGGCAUUUAACUUCCUAUUUUCUUCAUCAACAGAUUGUUGAGAGCUAUUUCUAUAAGGUUUCUCAUUGGUGCUGUUAUUAUUUUGUACAUAAAAGUUACAGUUAGUGUUUGGUAGGUUAUAGCUUCAUUGUAAGUAUUUCUAAUGCUUGUAACUCUACGCCAGCAAGCUUACAACUGCAAUGAUAAUGUAGCACUAAAACAUAGAGUGACUAUUGACCCACAAAUUGAUUGCUUAAGCUACAGUGUAGGGCCAAGCACUGUUCAAUUAAAUCAAAAGGCUAACGAAGGCAAACUACUAGUACAUCCCCUGGACUUGGUAAAAUUUUCAGGGAAGUGCAUGGUUGAAUAGUCGACAUUUUUAAUUAUACUAUGUUUGAAAGUUAUUCGAUUUUAAGGGUUAUUUUUGAAAUACCGUUUUCUUUUAGAUUUAGCUAUAACACGUAGAAAUGGUUUCUCUUAUAAGUUAUGUUAAUUGAGUUCAUCAAUGUUCUAAGUAUUUUUCUGCAUGUAUGAAAAGUAGGAUUUUCUUCCUUUCCUCUUUGUACAAACUACGUUUUCUUCUUCUUUCUAGUAGUUGUUUCGUCAACAGCAAACACGCCUUACCUGUUAUUAUUUGGUUAAUUUAAAAUGAUAUACGUUUUGAUAUUUAAUUAUUGUAAUAUGAACUAAAAGUUUAUCAUUGCGAAGUUAGCAACUGAAUUUUUUUACGUAAUGAAUUAUUUUAACCAGAUAAUCUUUAAAGUUCCCCAAAUGAAAAUUACCUAACCGAACGACAUUAUACUGAAAAUAUUGUAUAGAAUAGAUAUCCGUAAUCUUUAGACUUGUCGAAUCUUCUUUCAGGAGGGUAUGACAUAAUGCAAGCAUUUCGUUACAUAUUCUGGUACUUGCUUUGAAAACGACCCCUACCGGGCAAGUUGUAACAACAUUCUGUGAUGCCUGUGUACCUUUUAACCCUACAAUAAUGUACCACUAAACCAUACAAUAUUUUCAAAGCAUGGUAUAAUGAAAACACAACUAUGAUGGUCUUUAAUUCUUGACGAAUACACUCCGUAAAUCAUUGAUAUCACCACAAAAGUAUGAAUUUUCGGCUACACACACAAAUGAAAUCAGGAAAUAUCCAACGAAAGUCAACAAAGAACCUACUGUAGCUAGCGUGGAUUUUGAAAUGUUGCACCUUUCAGGAUAUAUUUUUGCUACGGAUCGACUUUGUUGUUGAAAGAAGAAUAUUUUUGAGCUUGAGGCUAGCGUGUAGUGAGUGUUAGACCGUUGGUUGUAUUUGUACAAAGAAGGGGUGUUCGUAUGUAUUAAGAGAUAUGCUAACUGAUAUGUUACCAUUCUAACCCCACAUAGAAAAAGAACGACAAUCGCAUGAAAUUUCAGACAUUAUUGCCAUAGACAAGUUAAAAGUUAAAAGAUAAGCAACUUUGGCUUAACAGUUUGGCAUUGUCUUGCACAUUGAAAUUUGGCGUAUUUGAGUGUAUUUACAUGGUUUAUAAAGGCCACGUGUAGUACAAACUGAUGCCUUGAAAUAAACCCUACUCGAUACGUUUGACAAUCAAACCAAAGUUGAAUUGCUGUGUGCGCAACACUACUGUAUCAGUGGACCUACAAGAGAUGAUGUCGGUUAUCCAGGUCAAAUUAAACGUUACACACUCUGGCCAUUAUUCGUGUGAAAUCAGAGCGAUUGAGCGCAGUUUGUACCGUGUUGACAAUAAAGUUUUUCAAAUUAAA